UAGCGCCCCCUGUGGUCCGUGUUUAUGUAUUAAAUCUGGCCUUAGCGGUUUUACCCGGGUACCGCAUUUAUUCUCGGUACCGCCGCUCCUUUUUUCCCGGUCUUCUUCAGUAUAAUGUCGGGGUCCGCUGUGUGCGCGCUGGCCCUGGGGCUGUGCGCCGCGGCUGUGUGCCUGGCCGGACCGACCCCCGGAGCCGCAGGCCCGGUUCAGCCCUGCGCGGCCCCGCUGCAGUGGGAGGGACGGACCGUGCAGUACGACCACGGUACCGGGAGGAACACCCGGGCCGCCGUCUCUUAUGAUGCUCAGAACCAGCGGAUCCGGGUCCUGGAGGAGAUACGGAAACACACGCCCUGCAAGCGGUACUUUGAAUACAUCUACCUGUUCCAGAGUGGAGUGCUUUUCCAGAUCGAGCAACUUUCCAAGAACUGUGCUAAGCUCAAUUUAACUGAAGCAUGGGACCCGUUCGACAUCCCGAUGAACUCCACAUAUGAGGAUCAGUACUUCAUUGGUGGGCCGGGGGACAUGAUUCAGGUUCAGGAGUGGUCUGACAGGAAACCGGCUCGCAAACACGAGACCUGGGUGGGCGUGUACACCUUGAAUGACUGCUACCCCGUGCAGGAGACUUACACCAAGAACAGCAGUGUGACCACCUCCACGCGCUUCUUUGAUCUAGCGCUGGGUAUUACUGACCCUGGGGUCUUCACCCCACCCAGCACCUGCCAGUCAGCUGUAGCAGAGCGUAUGGAUUCUGACUGCUGAUCCUCAAUAUCAUUCUGAAGGAAGCACACGAUACACACUGUCCUCUCUCUACAGGGGAGCACUCUACUGUAUGAUGAGUUGAUAUUCAAAGGCGUAUCUCCUGAUAAAGCAUAAUUGUAGCUUUAUGCUCCAAGAACCUUAAUAUUUGCACAAGAAUGAAAAGGGGAGUGUGUGUAACAAAAAUAACAAUUCUAAUUUACUGUUUUUUUUUUUUACAAGUAUUACAAUGUGUGUUUAAUCAUAGAACUUCAUAAUUCAGAUCUGUGUAACUAAGCAGUUCUGUUUAAUCUGCACUUAAAUUUUAUUUAAAUUUGCCCACUACUGAUCAUUUAUUUUCUUCUUAAUUUUAAGGCAUUUUAACAUUGCUGCUAUAAUUUCUUAAGUUAUAUUUUGUUGCAAAUGCAAAGCUGUAAGUCCAUGAUGCAAUUGAAUAAAACCAUAUUAUAAGCAA